AUGUCCCUGGACCCGCACGUAUCCAUCCUUCAGGCGUUAGUGUUUGCCAUAUGGGCCUGCGCCAAGAUGUGCUUGGAACGGGACUGUAGGGACAAACACAUCUACAUCUGUAGUGACAGUAAGGCUGCGCUUGGAUCCCUACGUGCUACGAUAGUGCGAUCCAGGCUGGUUCAAGACUGCACGGACAUGUUGGAACGGUUGGUUGGUAACAACAACCGCGUCAACUUAAUCUGGGUACCUGGACAUGCAGGUAUUCCGGGCAACGAGAAGGCGAAUAUGCUGGUAAGGGAAGGAGCCAGAAGGCCCGGCCCAGACACAGCAUACCGCAUAGGUGUCGACAGGGGGACGGUAAAGGAGAUGGUGAGGGAGAAGGCGAGUACCCAAACCCACCUGACCUGGAACCAAACUCAUGGAAUGAAACACACCAAGGCCAUGUUCAAAGGGCCAUCGUCACGGCUAGGCAGGACUGUGAGCCGCCUAGACAGAAACCAACUGCGUUUACACGUGGGGCUCAUUACUGGGCAUUGGUAUACGAGGAAACACUUGAUCCACCUAGGAACCGGCAGCGAAUCAAGGUGCCUGAGAUGUGGAGAGGAGGAUGAGACUCCUCUCCAACUGAUAUGGCGCUGUAAAGGACUGGAGGCCCUCAGGCGAUCCAGAUUUGGAGCCUCCGUCCUUGACGAUGCUCGAGUGGAGGACAUUGGAGUGGGCAGGCUUCUGGGCUUUGCCGAAGAGGCCGGCCUACACAAUAUACCUCAAUUUUAG